AUGAAGCUCGGGUGGCUGGAAGCCGCCGUCCUCACGGCGGCCUCAGUCGCGAGUGCCAAGGAGCUCGCAUAUUCUCCUCCCUACUACCCGUCCCCAUGGGCGACCGGUGAAGGCGAGUGGGCUGAAGCCUACAAGCGGGCCGUGGAUUUUGUCUCCGAACUGACUCUGGCUGAGAAGGUGAAUUUGACUACUGGUGCUGGAUGGGAGCAAGAGCGUUGUGUUGGCGAGACUGGUGGUAUUCCCAGGCUCGGAAUGUGGGGCAUGUGCAUGCAGGACUCGCCUCUGGGUGUUCGUAGUGCCGACUAUAACUCCGGGUUCCCUGCUGGUGUCAACGUGGCCGCUACCUGGGACCGGAGACUCGCGUACCAGCGCGGUGUUGCUAUGGGUGAGGAGCAUCGUGACAAGGGUGUUGAUGUCCAGCUUGGACCUGUUGCAGGCCCGCUGGGCAAGUACCCCGAUAGCGGUCGUGUGUGGGAAGGGUUCGCUCCCGACCCUGUCCUGACUGGCGUGAUGAUGGCCGAAACCAUCAAGGGUAUCCAAGAUGCUGGUGUCAUUGCUUGCGCUAAGCACUUCAUCGGUAACGAGCAGGAGCACUUCCGCCAGGCCGGCGAGGCCCAGGGCUACGGGUACAACAUCACCGAAAGUAUCAGCGCGAACAUUGAUGACAAGACCAUGCACGAGCUGUACCUGUGGCCCUUUGUGGACUCGGUCCGUGCCGGUGUCGGUUCCGUGAUGUGCUCGUACAAUCAGAUCAACAACAGCUACGGUUGCUCCAACAGCUAUACCCUGAAUAAGCUGCUGAAGGGGGAGCUCGGCUUCCAGGGCUUCGUGAUGAGCGAUUGGGGCGCACACCACAGCGGUGUCGGUGAUGCACUGGCUGGUUUGGAUAUGUCGAUGCCCGGGGACGUUAUUCUGGGUAGUCCCUACUCGUUCUGGGGUACCAACUUGACUGUCUCGGUGCUGAACAGUACUAUCCCCGAGUGGCGCUUAGAUGAUAUGGCGGUUCGUAUCAUGGCGGCCUAUUACAAGGUUGGCCGUGACCGUGUCCGCACUCCGCCGAACUUCAGCUCCUGGACUCGGGAUGAGUAUGGUUAUGAGCACUUUAUGGUCAGCGAGAACUACGUCAAGCUGAAUGAGCGGGUCAACGUCCAGCGCGACCAUGCGAAUCUUAUCCGAAAGAUUGGCUCCGAUAGCACUGUGCUGCUGAAAAACAAGGGUGGCCUGCCCCUGACUCACCAAGAGCGUUUUAUUGGUGUUCUGGGCGAAGAUGCUGGUUCUAACGCCUACGGUGCCAAUGGCUGCAGUGAUCGCGGCUGCGAUAACGGUACCCUGGCCAUGGGUUGGGGUAGUGGCACAGCCAACUUCCCGUACCUGAUUACCCCCGAGCAGGCCAUUCAGAAUGAGGUCCUGAACUACGGCAAUGGCCAGACUAACGUUUUUGCUGUCACUGACAACGGAGCCCUCGACGCGAUGGCUGCUGUUGCUUCUAGUGCCAGUGUUGUCUUGGUAUUCGUCAACGCUGACUCUGGCGAGGGCUACAUCAACGUUGACGGGAACGAGGGCGACCGUAAGAACAUGACCCUCUGGAAGAACGGCGAGGAGGUUAUUAAGACCGCCACUGCCAACUGCAACAACACCAUCGUUAUUAUGCACACUCCUAGCUCUGUCUUGGUGGGUGAUUGGUACGACAACGAAAACAUUACUGCCAUCGUUUGGGCAGGUUUGCCCGGCCAGGAGAGUGGUCGCAGCUUGGUUGACGUCCUGUACGGCCGCAUCAACCCUGGUGGCAAGACUCCUUUCACCUGGGGCAAGGCCCGCAAGGACUACGGUGCUGCUAUCCUAACCGAGCCCAACAACGGCGAGGGUGCUCCCCAGGAUGACUUUGAUGAGGGUGUUCUCAUCGACUACCGUCGCUUCGACAAGGAUGGCGUGGAGCCGAUCUUCGAGUUCGGCUUCGGUCUGAGCUAUACCAAAUUCGAGUUCUCUGACCUUGAGGUCACUGCCCUGAAAGCCGGCAACUACAGCGAGACCACUGGUCAGACCAAGGAUGCCCCCGUUCUUGGCAAGGCUGGCAAGGCCUCGGACUAUGUGUUCCCGAGCGGCAUCAACCGCGUGCGCCAGUACCUCUAUCCAUGGUUGAACUCGACCAACCUCAAGAAGUCGGCCGCCGACCCUGACUAUGGCAUGGAAGCGAAAGACUAUAUUCCCGCUGGCGCCACCAACGGCUCCGCGCAGACUCUUCUGCCGGCUAGUGGCCCAUCGGGCGGCAAUGCGGGCCUGUUUGAGGAUCUGAUUCAGGUCACUGCCUCUAUCACCAACAUUGGCUCUGUUAUUGGUGACGAGGUGCCUCAGCUUUACGUCUCUCUUGGUGGCGACGACAACCCGGUCAAGGUCCUUCGUGCCUUCGAUCGCGUCACCAUCGCCCCAGGCCAGAAGCUCCAGUGGACCACCACCCUGACCCGCCGCGACUUGUCCAACUGGGACGUGGCCACGCAGAACUGGGCAAUCACCAGCGCCCCGAAGAAGGUAUACGUCGGUAACUCGUCACGCAAGCUGCCUCUCUCGGCCGAGCUGCCUUCCGUCCAAUAA